CACGCAACAUCGAAUUUUUGAAUUUAUUUUCGUUUCGUGUGGCUAGUUGGUUGGUCGAGUACACGUUUUUUCUUUGGUGCAGCAAAAGCAAAUUUGUGUGUGAAAAUUUUCAUCAUAAAUAAAUUCACUGAUCGACUUUCAAAAAUCAACACUAAAAACGGGAAAAAAAACUCAGUGUUCAUCGACUAAUCGGAGAAAUAUAGAAACAAAAACACAAAAUAUCCAACAAGUUCUCGUGAGAAGAAAAUCCAGCGAACCCCAUUGACGAAAUAAAACCGAAAAAAUGGAACAAAUUAUCGCUAAUCUUUUAGUGGCAGACAACGAUGUUAUCCAAAAGGCAACAGCUGAUUUGCAGGAAGCCUACAAGCAUCCCGAAACUAUUCCAGCACUAUGUCAACUCGUAGUGUCAUCAAAGGAACCUCAAAUCCGUCAAUACUCGGCGGUUUUGUUGAAGAAACGUUUGGGAAAACUUCGCAAUUGGCAGCUUAUUGCUCCAGAACAACAAGUGAUAAUCAAACAAGGAAUGCUCAAUGCCCUGAUGCAGGAACAAGAAAAAUCAGUUCGCAGUUCCAUCGCUCAAUUUAUUGGAGUUUUGAUUCGUCACGAGGCCGAUAAGAAGGGAUCAUGGAUCCAAGAGGUCUUGCAGUUUGUCUACAGCCAUUGUAGUUCAUCUGAUCCAAAACAAAGUGAAUUGGGCUCAUCGAUCUUUGCCACAUUAACCGAUGUAGCACCUGAACAAUUUGUCGCUCACAUGGAAUCUAUUUGUGAAAUGUUUACUGCAGCUUUGGUAGCUACCGAAGCUAGUGGAAACAUGGCUACUCCAGUGAUUUACAACAUUCUCAUGGGCAUGACUUAUUUGGUGCCGUUCAUUUUGGGUCACAACACAGCUGAGUUGACUUACCAGAAAUCCAUUCCUUUGGUUAUUAAGUCUCUUCAAGCUUUCGCCGUCCAAGAUUCUGACAAGUUUGUUCAAGCUUUUGAUAUUUUGGAAAGCAUGGCUGACUACACCCCAAAGUUGUUGACAACAAACAUCCGAGCUUUGUUGGACUUCUGCUUGGAGGCUUCAAACAACACUCAAUUGGAUAGUUCGGUUCGUGUGAAGACGGUAGCUUACAUCGGUUGGUUGGUGCGUUUGAAGAAGAAGGUCAUUGUUAAGCAGAAACUUGUUGAACCUAUCAUUCAAGUUGUCUUCAAUUUAAUGGCCACUGAACCAGAAUCAGCAGAUGAUGAUGAAGAAUACUUCUUGGGUGAGGACAAUUCCAACCCAAUGACAACUGCAACACAGACAAUGGAUCUGCUGGCACUGCAUGUUCCCCCAGAGAAACUCAUCCCCCCACUAUUGCAGCUUUUGGAGCCAGCCCUACAAGGUAGCGAUCCGUUGCCACGUAAGGCUGCCUUCCUAAGCAUGGCUGUCAUUGCUGAAGGCUGCUCUGAGGCCAUUUGCAAUAAAUAUCUGGAAACAAUGUUGAAUAUUGUUAAAGUGGGAAUCACUGAUUUGAAUCCAAUUGUUCGUAAUGCUGCAUUCUUUGCAUUGGGUCAAUUCUCUGAACAUUUGCAACCGGACAUCACAAAAUUCGCACCUGAAAUUCUACCAAUUCUAUUUGAAUUCUUACAACAAUUGUGCAACGAAUUGAGGAGCGGUGGUACUGAACCCAAACACAUCGAUCGUAUGUUCUACGCCUUGGAAACAUUCUGCGAGAAUCUUGAAGAUGCUUUGGUUCCUCAUUUGCCCUUGUUGAUGGACAGACUUUUCCAAGCCUUAGACCCCAACAAUUCGGUUCGUUUGCGUGAAUUGGCUUUGAGUGCUGUUUCUGCUGCAGCAAAUGCAGCUAAAGAAAACAUGUUGCCAUUCUUUAAUCAACUCAUUCAAACCCUCCAAAUGUACUUGGUCAAGACCGAUAACGAAGAUAUCAUUUCGUUGAGACCACAGGCCAUUGACACAUUGGCUGCCAUUGCAAGAACAAUUGGCCGUGAGAACUUCAUGCCAUUGGCCACUGACACAAUGAACUUUGCCUUGAAUUUAUUGGCCGAAGCUGACGAUCCAGAUGUUCGUCGUGCAUUGUACAAUCUGAUUGCUUCUCUGGCUGAAGUUGUUCACGAAGAAAUGGGAGCUGUCUACCCCAAGAUCAUGGAAAGGAUUUACGAAUCGAUUUUGUCAACCGAAGAAGUUAUUCCCAACUUCAAGGACGACGAUUUGCCUGUGCCCACUGUCGAAAAUGAUGAAAAUGAAGAAAUCGACAUUGAAUUGUCCGAAGGAGAGGAUGACGAUCUGGACAACAUUGCUGGAUACAGUGUUGAGAAUUCGUAUUUGGACGAGAAGGAGGAGGCUAUUUUGGCUUUGAAGGAAUUCGCUUUGCACAGUGGUGCUGCUUUCAUUCCAUACCUCGAACAGUCCUAUCAGAAUGUCUACAAAAUGAUCGACCAUCCACAAGAAGACAUCCGUAAAGUUUCCAUCGAUGCUUUAGUUACUUUCAUUCUGGCCCUGUACAAACAGAAGGACGUGCAGGGUGUGUCGAAUGCUGUUGUGAUUUUGAUCCCAAAAUUGGGACAAAUCAUUCGCGACGAUGAAGAAGUUUCGGUGGUUAUGGCUGCAGUCGAGGGCUAUGGGGAUUUGUUGAAGGACUUGAAACAAUUGGCUAUUCCCAAUGAUGAUCUACGUGAUACCAUCUUCGAUUGCAUUAAUGAUGUGCUCUUGGGCAAGGUUGCAUGUCAAUUCGAUGACCCAACUGGAGGUGCUGGUGGUGACGAUGAGAACGAGGAGAGCGAGUACGAUGAGGCUAUUGUCGAAUCGGCUGGUAAUAUUAUCCCUCUGUUUGGCAAGGCAAUGCGUCCAGAGCAAUUUGCCAUGUUCUUUGGAAGAGUCUGUCCAAUUAUUCUACACAAAUUGGAAAAAGCGAAAAAGAACGAAGAUUUGGAAUCGCAACGUUGCUUCGCCUAUGGUUGCAUUGCUGAAUGUUUCGCUCCUUUGCAAACGUGUUCGGCAACCUACUUCGACACAUUGUUGCCAAUUUUACUUGAUGGUUUGUCCGACGAGUUUGAUCAAGCUAGACAAAAUGCUGUCUUUGGAAUUGGAGAGUUGGUGCUCUACUCUGAGGCUAAAUCCUAUGAAUCGUUCCCUCAAAUCCUUACUGCUCUUUCAAAAUCAGUGUCAACAGAAACAAAACCAGGUGCUUUGGACAACAUUUGCGGUGCAAUUGCUCGGUUAAUCAUGACCAAUUGCAGUUUGAUUCCAUUGCAACAAGUGCUGCCAGUGUUCUUGCAACAUCUUCCACUCAAAGAAGACUUUGAUGAGAAUGCUGCCAUCUUCAAGUGCUUCAAGCUGCUCUAUAUCCAGAGCCGUGAAGCUAUUGUCAGCUUCCUUGAGCAGAUUAUCGCUAUCGCCAUUCAUGUUUUAUACAAAAAGGAGUUUGUCGAUGAUGAGACAUGCGAGAAUGCCUUGGGCAUGAUCAAAGAAGUUCGGGAAAAUUAUCCAGAUAAAUUCGCUGCUGUAGCAAACACCAAUCCUGAUAUUGCUGCAUUCCUCCAAACGAUCUAAGUAUCACAACAUAUCGUUCUUAAAGUUAAUUUGUUUCAAAAACAAAACAUAAAAAAAGAGGGGAACAAUUAGUUUCUUAAACGGGGGAGUGUAUGCAUCAUUUUACCCUCCACACCUGAUUUAUAAAUAUCGAAAAAGGCUACUACCCUCUUCUUCUCGAAGCUCUCACAUUUUUUUUUUAUUAAACUUAAAUUAUUAAUAUUAUUAUUAUUUUUUUCUUUUGUAAAGACUGCAUUUUUUGUAUAUGAUGACAAUCGAGAUCAUAUACGUCCAUUAAAAAAAAUACUGUUUGUUUUCUACAACGCGCAUAUAAGACUUGCAGAAUUUUUCUCUGCACAUUUAAGAUUCUCCCUAGCACGCGAGGGUCAUAUAAAUGAAUACAAAAAAAAAUAAUAAAAAUAAAAAACACAAAACUUAUUUAACAAUGGACACACUUUGUUAAAAACUAUUUAACAUCAUUUUUCUCGUAUUUUUUUUGUUAUUAUUAAUAUAAUAUUGAAUAAUUUGAGAAAGGUAUUGAUUUCUAGUUGAACCAGAAAGAAAAUGCCUUUCUCUCCCUUCUGAUGGUCAUCAGUGAGAUCAGAAGAUUGUACAUUCUAUAGGCUGUGAUGUGUGUCCAAUUUGUUAAGUAUUCUUUUUUUGUUUUUUCCUAAUUCACAGAAAAGAAAAAACAAUAAAUUGUUAACUCAAUCAAAAACGAAAAAGUAUAAUAAAAAAAAAGAAAAACAAACUACCGUUGAUGGAGGAGUUUAUUUGUUAUGGGGCUUAAAUGAACAAACAUAGCUAAUUGCAGCUGUUUUUUUUUAUGUAGUUAAACCAAAAAAAAUAGCUAUGGAUUUUUGUUGCUCGCGAUCUGGUGUAGUUUAUUAAUUAUGUUUUAUUAAAUUUUGUAUAAUUCAUAAACAAAAAUGAAGUCUAAUUAAAUUCUAUUUGUUUUUUUUUUUUAAAUUCAAGAACUGCAUCGGUGAAAAUCGUUCAUGUAUUUUAUAGCCCCAAAACAUUUUUACAAACGAAAAAAAAGAAAA